AGCACAUGUACAUGUACAUGUACACUCAGCGAUAUUUGUUGUUGCAUUUACAAUCAAAACAUUAGCUAAAAAAAGGUACAUCAAUCCACAUGCAUUCUUUGCUAAGAAAAUAUCACAUCGUUGAUGUAUUACUCUUUCUGCUGUGUGUGUACAAUGUACUGUAUGUCUGUUUGUUGACACUAGGCCAGUAAUGGAGGAUAUUGAUGUGGAUAAUGCUGUCUCUGAGGACAAGGCCAGAGAAUAUUUCAUUGAUCUAAUUUUAGGACUGGAAUACUUACAUUCCUGUAAGGUGGUCCAUAGAGACAUUAAGCCUGAGAAUCUGUUACUUGAUGACUACGACAGAAUAAAGAUUGCUGAUUUUGGUGUCUCUGAGAACUGGUCGUCAGAGAAACAAGAUGCAGACUUGCGUAGUUCAGCAGGUACCCCAGCCUUCACUGCUCCUGAGACACUGGAUGGUGUAAGGUCUGUGUUUGGUGGAAGGGCACUAGAUGUUUGGGCUGCUGGCGUCACUCUAUAUUGUCUAGUGUAUGGAAGAGUUCCAUUUGUUGGUAGAUCAAUCCCAGAAUUACAUGAAAAGAUAAUAUCACAAGAGAUAAAGUUUCCAGAUGAUAUAACAGUAUCAGAAGAACUAAAAGACUUAUUAAUAAGGUUACUGAAUAAGGAACCAUCUGGUCGUAUCACCAUACCGGAGAUAAGGAAGCACAAGUGGUUUCUGAAUACAACUAGAUACAUACCAUCACCCAAUGAGAACUGUGCCGGGAGUGACCUGGAUCCUACUGAGGAAGACAUUGCUGAUGCUGUUCAAGAGUUUCAGACACCAAUCCAUAUACUGGUUAUGAUUAAGAAAAUGGCUAAGAAGAAGUCACUCCGCAAUCCAUAUGGGGUCAGCGACUCUCCAUCAGUAUCACCAUGUGUAUCUCCAAGGCAGCACAGACGACCUCCUUCCUUUGAGAAUGAAGGAAGAUCGGACAGCAUCAGUCAAGUGGAGAAGCAGAAGCUGUUUGCUGCCAUGAAGACCAUACCAACCAUCUCUAUAUCCGGAGAAGAUGACGAGUAUACGCCACAGAAUGAAACUUGAUCCCAUUAUGCCAAUAAUACAUGUAAUAUAUAUAUAUAAUUAUUAUUAUUAUUAUUAUUGUAACUUUGUUUUUGUGAUAGUUGUCUGUAUACAUCAUACAUUUUUUUGUAUGAAUUGUCAAUUUUUGAUUUUCUUCCUCCAA